ACAAUAUCAAUUUGAUCCAACCCAAGUCCCUGAAUACGCCAUAAGUGGACACACUUUUUCUUUGGUGUGCCAGUAAUUACGAAAAUGGCUGAUUUAAUAGAUGAAAAUGGUAACCCCAUUCAACUCACUGAUGAGCAAGGCAACCCGGUGCAAUUGACCGAUGAAUAUGGUAAUCCCAUCCACGUUAUUGGCGUAGCCACCAAGUCCCCACCUAUGCACGGUGGUGAUCAGAUCAGUGUUGUUGCUGCUGAGUCUCAACAGCAGCAGCAGUAUCGACCGCCCCCACUGCGUCCGGAGGUUUUCAGCAAGGAAGAGAUUCAGUCUUUUAACAGCUCCAGCACUAGCUCGUUUGGAGAUGAUGGAGUAAGUGAGAAGAAAGGAAGGAAGGAUAAAACAAAAGAGAAAUUAACAGGUAAAAAUUAUGAGGAGGAGGAGCAAUUUCAUACCACAACUAACGCUGCCAAAACCUCAAUCGCAACCACUACGGCGGCACUGCCUCGACAGCCGUACGUUGAGCAAGAGGGGAUGUGUUUGAGGGAGAAGAUAAAGGCGAAAUUGCCUUGGUGAAUAAAAAUAAUAAUAUUAUUGUAGCUUUACUUUUAAAUCACUCGUGUAUUUCUGUAAUAGUAAUGUAAUAAUUGUAUUUGUCCGUGAAAGUUGAAGCUUUAGGUUUUUACUAUGCGGGUAAAAUAGUCAGUUUUGUUUACUUUAGAUUAUAUUUUAAUUAUUUAAAUUUUAAGUAAA